CUCAUCCCUUCCCUCUCUCUCUAUCGCUCCCCUCAAAACACUCCCUUUUCUUCCCACUCCUGUCUGCUGCAACGGCACCUCUCAAAUCCCAAUGGCAGCAGUGGCAGAUCCAAGAAACGAUCUCAACACUCCUCUCCUCUCCACAGAACCCCAAUUCGUUCUAGAAAUCGAAUCCAACGGCUCAGAUCACGAUGAUCCCAACCCCUUCGAAUUCAUCGGCGCCAGACCGCUCUCCUUCCCUAGGCCCCACCCGAUCGAUCCCUUCCGCAACCACACCCCCUCCAUCAACGGCUUCUACGAGUUCUUGAAGAUCGUCAUCUGCAUCCCGGUUGCCCUGGUGCGGCUCACCCUCUUCGGCCUCUCCCUGCUGGUGGGGUUCCUCGCCACCAAGCUCGCGCUGUACGGAUGGAAGGAUAAACACAAUCCGAUGCCGAAGUGGCGGUGUAGGCUCAUGUGGGUCACUCGGAUCUGUUCUCGCUGCAUUCUGUUCUGCUUUGGUUACCAUUGGAUAAAGCGAGUGGGAAGACCUGCCUCGAGGGAGACUGCUCCUAUAGUUGUAUGUAACCAUGUCUCGUACAUUGAACCCAUUUUCUUCUUCUAUGAGCUAUUUCCAACCAUUGUUGCAUCCGAGUCACACGACGCCAUACCCUUUGUCGGAACUAUCAUCCGAGCGAUGCAGGUUAUUUACGUAAAUAGGUUCUCAGCCCCUUCGAGGAAGCAUGCCGUUCAUGAAAUAAAGAGAAAAGCUUCGUGCGAUGGAUUCCCUCGUCUUCUAUUAUUUCCUGAGGGUACCACGACAAAUGGGAGGGUUCUUAUUUCAUUCCAACUUGGCGCAUUCAUUCCUGGUUUCCCGAUCCAGCCUGUGGUUGUUCGCUAUCCCCAUGUACAUUUUGAUCAAUCUUGGGGAAAUAUUCAUUUGAUGAAGCUCAUGUUCAGAAUGUUCACCCAAUUUCACAAUUUCAUGGAGGUAGAAUACCUUCCAGUCAUUGCUCCUCUCGACAACAAAAAAGAAAAUGCUGGUCAUUUCGCUGAGCGAACUAGCUUUGCUAUCGCAAGUGCGCUUAAUGUUAUACAGACAUCUCAUUCUUAUGGGGACCUAAUGCUUCUCACAAAAGCAUCAGAAUUGAGACAAUACAAUGCCUCCAGUUAUAUGGUGGAGAUGGCUUGGGUGGACAGCACAUUCAACAUAAGCACUCUGGAAGCAAUGGAAUUUCUGGAUAAAUUUUUGGCAAUGAAUCCAAAUUCCAGUGGGCGUGUCAAAAUCCAUGACUUCUCGAGAUCUCUAAGGCUGGGGUUGUGUCCUCUUUCAGAGAAGAUCUUUGCUUUCAUUGAUGUCGAGAAACUUGGAUCCAUCACAUUUAGACAGUUCUUGCUCGGAUCAGCCCAUAUAAUGAAGCAGCCGUUGUUUCAGCAAGCUUGCACAGCAGCCUUUAAUUGUUGUGAUGACGAAGGCAAGGGUUACAUCACAAAGCAACAGUUAGGAGAUGCCAUCCAUUCUGCAAUGCCGAGCAUGAAUGACAAUAAUGUAUCUGAACUAUUCAACUUGUUUGACAGUGACAAUGACGGUGCUAUUAGUUACGACGAUUUCAUGGCCUGCCUAAGAAGGAACCCACUGCUUGUUGCGCUCUUUGCUUCUAAUUCAAUGCAUUGUGGCUUGAUAGAAGGUGGAAAGCUGGUGAUUGCAUGAUGAUUAUAUGGGCAUAUUAAAGUCCCUGUGAAAUGCUCAAUGAUUGGCUUCUAAUUCAACACUGUCUGACUUACUAUAGGUGGGAAACUAGAGGUUGUAUGAUGAACAUAUGGGAAUAUGAUUAAAUGAAAUGAUCAAUGUUUGGCUUCUCUUGAAAUUAAAGUCUUGUAACAAGGCUAUUUUGCUUUUGAUAAA